GAAAAUAUUCACCUUUAAUAAUCUGCAAAAAUUUUUUGUUCAUUUAUACCGUUCCACAGAUAUUGAAUUUUUCGUCCCCCUACCGCUCUUAAAACAGCAUUUGUAAUUCGAGUAUUUAGAAACCACAUAAAAUCAAAAAUUAUAACGUUAUUAACUAAAAUCUAUAUAUUUUUUCGUUCUCGUUACAAUUUUCCUUAUGAACUAUUUACAACUCAUAAAAUAUUCCGCCCUUUGAGACCCUAUCGAAAAAAUACUCUAAGGUUAUCCCAGUAGCCGACAAUUUAUUUUAAAACAUUAAAAUCAAUUUUUUUUAUACUCUUAAAUACUGAAAUUAAAAUAUUAAUAUACAUUUUUGUAUAUCUAUCUAUCUAUCCUAUCUUUAUCCGGAAUCGGUUACGCAAAAAGUUGUGGAUGUUAUUGUUAAUUUGAUAUAGCAGUAUCGACGCCGUAUUAAUAAAAAAAGCGGCAACUUCUUACUUGAAUUCCGUAUUAUUUCGGUAUGUGCGAUAUAAAAUCUAUAAGCGUGAGGAAUUUUUGCCAAAAAUUUGCCACUGCCGCUUUUAUUUAGGGAAGCCUUUCAUUUCAUUUUGUCGCACAGAAUAUGGUAGUUUUUUCAUCUAUCACGUAUCUUGAUAACAUUUGUCAUUUGGAGCUCUGAGGAUGUUGACAUUGCAGAUAAUCAAAUCGGAAAAUUGCCACGUUCACAAAUUAUUAUUAAUCGCAUAUAAGGCUAUAACUAAGUCAACAAUAAUGCUACGAAAGGAUGUGUCCCGUUCCUAAUAGAUUCAGUGCACAUACGUAUACAUAUGUAUUUUAAAUCAAUAUAUAGACAAAAUUUGGUAAAAAUAACCACGCUGAUCACCCAUCCGAGAGUUAUGUUGAAAACUGUUAAGAAUGGAUAAUUCUCUAACGAAGACAGUCGGAAAUAUUAAAUUUAACCACAAAUGCAGAUCACCUACUUUCAAGAUAAAACAAUAUUAUAUUACAUAAGAUUCUUUCUCUCACCAAUAGGUAAAUCUAUAUGACGUUAAAGAAAUGAAACAUUGUCUUCUCCUCUCAUAUCCCUUAAAUACUUACGAAAACUAUCUGGUCUGUUUAAAUUAAAUUUCUUUUCAUCACUGCAAUUCUUUAGGCAUGGCUUACAGCCGGUUUCUCGAAAUUCUUUCAUUGAAAAUUAAGUUCCAUUUAAUUUUAAUUUUGAUUUUUAUUUAACUUUGCACUCAAGUUUGCAGCGUUUCACCAUUAUUCAGAAUUGGCAACCCAAAAAUGACAAAGCAGGGAUGUUAGUAAGAAUAACAGCUGAUUUAUGUAAACAAAUAAAUUGUGGUGGUUAACAAAAAUGGAAAUGUAGCUCAAAAACAUUUUUCAGCUACUGAUAUUUCUACUUUGCUAAGCCUAGUGCAGCAAAAUGCAAGUGUUUUGGAGUGUAAGGCCACAGGGAAAGUGAGUUCCGAUCAAAAGGACAAGGUGUGGGAUGACAUAGCGGAGAGUUUCAACGCGGUUUGCUCCGGAGCACCGCGGUCAAAAAAAAUCUGCGAACCAAAUAUUUCAAUUUGAAAGCAGAUAUGAAAAGGCGAUCUGCAGACCACAAAAAAUUUGCGUAUGGAACGGGCGGAGGUUUAUACAAAAAGCCAGUUUACUCAUGGAUCAUUCAGAUUUUUGACAGGUGAAAUUGAUCCCCAGCAGCGAAAUAUACCAAACAAGGAAGUUAUGGAAAGUGAAAUGAUAGAAGAAGAAAAUGAUAAUGUAUCUAAUGAUAUCGACAUACGUGAACAAUCAACAAGCAAAAGAUUUCGUACUUCCAGCCCAAAACAUACAACUGAAAAAGAAGAUUUUGAGCCUUGGGAGCACUACACAUCAAUGCAAUUGAAAACGCCAAAAACAGGAAGCUGUGCGCUGAGAGUGUAAAUAGAAAACACACAAGUUGGGCUAAGCUAUCAGAUACAAAAUCAAAAUGGACGGAAAGAAAACUGAAACAAGAGGUUGAAUUUGCAAAAAUCGAACAUACGUUACGUGUAAAGCAAAUGAAAGAAGCACACGAACUACAACAACAACUAGUUAUUGAGAAGCAUGCCCUUGAAAUGCGAAUACUUGAGGAUCAACUAAAAGAAAAGUUAAAAUGCUUCAUAAUAAAUCAUCAGCUAGUUGAGCCUUUUCUACUUUCGUACACAGUUUAAAAGUUUCGUUUAUAUGGUUUUUGUUUUGUAUAUGUACAGUGGCGCGCUUGUAAAAAUUUACAGAAUAAAUUUUGUUUAGUUCUUGCCUUACUUUGCAUGUGAGCAACUGUAGGUCUGUAUGUAUCAGAGACCUGCACGAGUAAUUAAAAAAGUAACAUGUUAGCAAGCGGCGAUGCCGAUGCGGCGAGUACACGCUACGUAACGGUACUUUGGCAUCGAGGGCAUCGGCAUCGUGGGUAUCGGCAUCGCGGCAUCGCCGAUUACUAACAUGUUACUCAAUUAGUAUUGUGCGCGUCAUGAAGAUGAGUUUACAUUGAUGGCUAGACUGGCACGACAAAUUUUAUGUAUUCCAGCGUCUAGUGCAGCAAGCGAAAGAUGUUUUAGUUUGGCAAACCGUAUAUUAGAAAAAAGAAGAACAAAUUUGAAAGGAGAAAACUGGACGUCAUUUUAUUUUUGCAUUCACAACAAAAAAAUUAAGUUCAUAUUAAAUAUUUUUUUAUUUUUAAUUCGU